AUGAAAAAUCAUGAAGCUCGUCCCACUGAAACUGAAGAAAAUGUGGUGGAAGCACGUGAUCAAUCUGAAGUAAAAAGAGAUGAUCAUCGGGGUUAUAAUAAUGCAAGAGGACGUGGCAAAGAAAAGAGGCGAUACACAAAUCGUCGAGGUAGUGGUCAUAAUAAAAGGGAGAACAACAUGAGUUCUCAAAAUAACCCCUCAAAAAGUAAUUGUCAUCGUUGUGGCAUAAAAGACCAUUGGAAGAAUGAAUGUCGCACGCAUGAGCAUUUUAUUAAGCUCUACCAAAAUUUCUUUAAAAAGAAAGAAAAUGAAAGUGGUGCUUCCUCUUCCAAUGCUCGAGCUGAGUCACAUAUGACUCUUAAAGAUGAUGAUAAGCCGGGAACAUCACAAAUAUAUGAUAGGAAUAUUGAAGCAAAUUUGGCUUUAAAGAAUGAUGUUUUUGAUGGCCUUGGUGACAUUACUCAUAUGGAAGUUGAUGACUUCUUUGGGUAUCGAAACUGA